CGUACAGGAGUCGAAUAGAUAGUGAAAGUCCCCCGGAGCGGACAGGAGUGCAGAGGGAGGCAGCGGGGGUCGGCAGGAACGAGGGGGGCUCCAGUAAAGGUAUAUGAGAGCCUCAGUUCGAGCAAUCGCCGGUACUCUAGCCUCGCUGCCUACUUACAUUCACACACACUAACACAACCACCGACCGCCGGGAAACACGAUGCACACCCUCGCGACGGUAACAACGGUGCUUACCGCGCUGCUGGCGGUGUCGGCACAGCAGUACCAGCAGCAACCCGGCAAUUAUGUUGAUGAUUACGCACAGUAUGACUCUCAACAACCUAGCCAGCCGACUCCACGUAGCUACGCGACCGAUCCGGACCGUCAAUCGGCUGCGCCGAAACCGACGCCGGUGGCGAUCCUGAAGCAGAUCAAUCGUCACAACGAGGACGGCUCAUACACAUAUGGUUUCGAGGGCGCGGACGGUUCUUUCAAGAUCGAGACCAAGUUGCCGACCGGCGAUGUGAAGGGCAAGUACGGCUUCGUCGAUGACACCGGCAAGGUCCGCAUAGUUGAGUACGGCGCGAACCAGUACGGCUUCCAGCCGGCCGGUGAUGGCAUCACCGUGGCUCCGCCAACCUUGUUCGACGAGACUACCAGCAAGGAAGCCCUCGAGGCUCAAGCCCUUGAGGAGUUGCAACAGCAGCAGCAGCAGCAGCAACAACAACAGCAACAACAACAACAGAGGCAGUUGGCUCGUCCGGCUUACCAGCAACAGUCGCACACCCAGGCCGUAUACGCUCCCGCGCAGGUAGCCCCGAGCAGACCUGCGCUUCCUAAACCGCAAAUUUUCACUCCCGCCGCUGCGGCACCCGCACCUCAAGCGCCGCGACAGCCCCUGCUACCGCAGAACGCGGCCUACGAACAAGCGCCAGCCUCGCAGCUCUACAAUCAGGGACCGGUUCAGUUCACUCCGCCGUCGAAUCAGAACAGCCGUCCCCAGCCGCAGACCCGCAGUGGCGGUGGUGGUAUCCUAGAUCAGCUCGCCAGGGACUAUGCUCUGCCACAGGGAGUAGCGCCGCCGUUGCACGACAUCAGCUUCGGCUACUACUAGGCCGUCUAGUCCUGCCUCUUUGCCUACCGAAGAGUAGAAGAGUCUGAGAUCAAUCGUUGGAACCUCAAAAAAAUUUUAUACCGCUCAAUUGUAACGCUGUAUUGAAACUCUAAUAUUUUUCGUAGGAUAACCGUAGUAUAGCUAUUAAGAGCUACCGAGUGUUACGAUUGAUUCCAGGCUUCACUGCUCCUGGUCGCGUGUUGGUCUUGCAUUCUAUUCGUGAAUGAGACGUGUCUGAAAUGCGACUGGAUAACUCGUAAUCGCGGCGUGGCCCACUCUCCCCAAAGCGGUCGGCACUGUGAUUGAUGAUCGUCGCGAAUAGAUCGUCUAUUGCAAAUGGAAGUUGAGAACUAGUCUAUUGACGUCUGUAAUUGCAAGUCGAAAAAUCACUUUAUUUUGUCACAUACACAACACAAUUUCCUCAUACUAAUUAUAUUUAAUUAACAAUUAAAGAUAUGUAUUAACAAAACAAAAAUAGUAGAUCUCAUAUAUUUAACAUUGCUUCGUUCCAUUAACAGUAGAUUGUGAUAAAUUGACAACAUGAUACAAUAAAAUUUUGAUAGAAAUUAAUAUGUUGGUCAAACAGAUUUUUUGCCGUAUCAUUAUAUUUCCUUCUUUCCGAGUUUGAAAAUGAGGUAAAAGUUUUUCCAGAGGAAAAAAGGAAAAUAUUAAUUCUUCAAGCAAAUAGACGCCAAAGUCUGAGUUUUCGACUUUUUACUUCGAUUAUUUAUUUUCAUUCACACAUCAAUGAUAUUUUAACAUUCGGGAAUUUAACGUCAUUUUUUUUACCCAUUAUUGAAAUUAUUGUUAUGCAUAUCAUUACUCGUCGACGAAUUGCCCGGGUAACAAGCGGUACCGAUUAGGUGAUAGGUGUAAAAAGAAUGUAAAUAAAAUUUCUCGUCUCUCCCUUCGGUGGGCGUUCGCUUUUACUCCGGAAAACGCAAUUCUCCACUGGAGUACCGUAGCAAUCAGUUGAAAUUGCGUUUUCACAACGGGGUCCUGCGAGAAUGUUAUGCUAAUUGGGCGUGCUUACUAUUGUAAUUAGAUUAUUGUAAGGUAAUUCGAGUGGAAUAAAGUGAGGCCAAUACUAAA